UGUUUCUGUGUGUAUGGCCUUUGACAGCCAUCAGCUACUUGUCCUCCUCCCCUUUUGGCCCCAUCUCUAGCAAUACUCACGCAAGCUUCUAACAUGCUAAUAUUAAGAGGAAGAGAAACUUACUGACAAUGGGGACAACGUAAAGUUGUGAUUGCUGGCAGAUGUACUGAGGAAGAGAUCUAAAACCUGUUGGAUUUGGAUUAGACAUUGCUGUUUCAUUCACGGUUGGAAGCCUUUUGAGUUGCAGUAUGACUCAUUUCUUUCAUGUUAUGUGGAGCUACGUCUAAGUGUUAGAACUCUGAUGGAGAAAACAGCAGGUAAAGUGUCUUCAGAUGUAGAGUCGAGCCUCUAUCAGCGUGUUCAUGCCAUGCUCAGAGAACUGGACACACACGCUCAAGCUGUCUCAACUUGCAAUAAAGGGAUGCUAAGAUGGACACUGCAUAAAAAAGUGGAGAAUAAUCCAUCCAUAAGCAUCUCUUUACUGAGGGUUCUUAUUAAGGAGCUUGAGAAGGCAGAGAGGACUGACUGCAAAAUUCGUAUUAUUCCUUUGCUGCACACUCUGGCCUAUGCAGUAAUACAGUCUGCUUAUAUUCCAGACGAGUUGUGUGAAAGGAUAUAUGCAUGUCUGAAACGUCUGGUUACACUACCCGAGCCUUACUGCAGCGUGGGCCUUAACUAUGCUAAACAGAUGAGAAUAGAACAUAACAUCCCAGGUGCUCUGUAUCAAAGAAGAGUCAUUGCUGAGCACAGCCUUAAAAAUGAUCAUUAUCCUCUUCAUGAAAGAGUGUUUGUGUUUGCGGAUCCAGCCAUGUUUCCUGAGACAACGUUAAACGCAUUGAGGGCCGAUGUGGAGUGUGGGGCUUUAGACUGGGCCACACUGACCCCUCAGCGCCGGGUUCUACUGCACACACUACAAGCCGGACUGGGGAGAGAGUGCCACGGGAGACAACUCACACAAGCCCUGGAGGAUUUAGGUGAAGACAUUGAAAAAUACUUCCAGGAUGUUGUGUCCAUUGUAGAGGAGAGAAUAGUGGAUGGAGGUUCAGAAUGUGACCUGUACAGUGAAAGAUUACAGCAACUCUAUGAUGAAAUCAUUUGUUCUUCUAGCACAGAGCAGUCAUGUCCUGCCAGUCUGGUUGGAACCCCACUGCCCAGUCCUGAGGUUAGCUUCCAUGUCUGGACAAAAGAAGAUGAGAUAUGGAACGAGGUGAUAAACUUCACUCUAAUGCUGGGCUCUACGAAUCAGACAUCUGCAUUUCUUGAAGACGAUCAAGACUCCAGACGUGCUUCUGUCAUCUCUACUAUAUCGAGAGACAGUGGCAUAGAGGGAGAUUUGCCUUUAAAUGAGUUCUCCUUUCUGAUGGUUGAGCCCUCUGGUGGGCCGGAGGUCCAAGAGCAGCAAAAGAGUUUUUCCAGGAGACCAUGUGUGAGGUGGCCAAAGGCUGCGAACAGAAUGACUUUAAUGAUGGAGGCCAUUAAGGAAAGUGGAGGAACAGGCGGAAGUGGAAGCUAUAUUGUUAAAGAGGAGAAGAACUUUACCGCUCGUGCUGUGGUCAUGGGCGAUGACAGCACUUUGGGAAGACUGGCCAAGGCUUACCACAAUAUACGAAAAAAGGAGAUGCGGAAUUUAUUUCUGACAAAGAGAGUCAACUUGGAAAUAUACUAUAUUCCCGUCACUACCCAGUCCAACACAGCUUCUCCAGUUCAGGAAAAUGCUACAGCAAAUGUAGACAGGCUUACACUUGCAGCGUCCUUGGGCAGUGUGGAUCCAUGGUAUGACUCCAACAUAAACAGUCUGGGAGCCAUGAUGCUGAAACUAGCUGAAACGCACACCAGUGUCGUCGGGUCUUCAGAGCCUAACUCCUUUCUUUUGGACAUCAUCUCAUACUACACACGGACAGCACAGCAGCCUGUCCACAUCCCCAUCUACUCUGUGAAGCUUUCCUUCUCUGGAUUGGAAUCUAAAGUUGUGGAGGAUUUGUUUGUGUGUCAGCUUGACAUGGACUUUCCUGGGUUCAAGCCAGUGAGACUUACUUUUAAAGACACAAUCCGGGGAUCAGUACGGUAUAAGAAAACCAUGCAGGAAGAGUGUGGUGUAGUUGUUGCUGUCAACUAUAGGAAGGCCUCCAUAAGCAAUCGAGAAGUGGACAAACGAAUGCCUUUAACAAUAUCUGGCGUGUCGAUCCGUGCAGCUCCGCCCAGUGGAACCAAAAGUCUUGAAAGUCUCAGUGUCUAUUUUCGUGAUCCAAAUCCUACCAGACCUCCAGUGCCUACCCUUAGAGUGACCAACAUUUGCAUCAGAGCUCUGGAGCAGAAGACAUUUACUGUACGUCUGGACAAGGACUCGUGUAGGACCUUCAAAAAUGUCCAGAGCAUAGAGGUGUCUCCGUGCACAGACCCAGGAUACUCUCUUCAAAAGAGCAAGUCGAAACACAGCCUGACGGAGGAUGACUCGGGACUGAGCAAAUUUCUGAGCAAGACUUUCUCUUUACCCAUCAACACCUUCUCUGGAGCUGUUUAGUGACAAUGCAACAAUUGUGCACACUCUCAUGACUGAUCGUUAACUCUACAGAUUAAAAUCACACUCCUAUGCAUUUGUCUGUGUCCAUGCAUGUGGCAUCUCACCUUAACAUUACACAUCAACAGUUUAUCGUUAUUGCUAUUUUGUGUCUAUUGCGAAUACCUCUGUAUGUUGUCAGAGAGCUCAUUUACAUAAAAUAUUUCCUUUUCAUAACCAAAGAUGAAAAAGAAAUACACACCUACAUCUCACUGUCAGUGUGUGAAGUAUAAUGUUUUACACUUAAAAGUUCAAGAAUGUUGCUCCUGUUGUCAAUAAAACACUCCAGUAGUGGAGAGAUCUAAAGAUAUCUGCACCAUAUUAUGCUAUUACAAGCACAGUGUUCAGUAAAAGAAUGUUUUAUUAUGCAUGUCAGCAUUAUGUAUAAUGCAGUUACCAGAAGUGCAAAGAGUAGCACUGUGCAAACUAACUAAGGAUAUAGAUUAUAGGUUAGGGUAUCUUCUAUUUAGGGAUCUAUAUAUACACAUACAAGAUAUACACUGUGAACUUACAGUUAUACUGAGAUAAUAUAUAAUAUAAUGCCAGGAUUAUGGUAAAUUUAGAGCCUGUUGCUGUAACAGUGGGCACAGUGUGGAAGAAUUCAUCCCAAAUGGGAAAGCAGGCCAUUGCAGUGCAACAUUUAUACACAGAUACACACACCCUUAAAUAUACUAACAUCUGGGGGAAUAGACUGUUGGAUGAAACUGAAGAACCCAGAGAAAACCCAGGCAAACAUGUGUGGUAGCUUAAUCAUUAGGAUGUUGGACUCCUGUUCAGAAGGUUGUGCGUUUGAAUCCCAGGUUCUUAAUCCUCAGUUGUAUAAAAUGUAAGGUGCUCUGAAUAAGAGCAAAUGCUGUGAAUGAUAUCAAAUUGGUGGAAAAUGCUAUAUGGUUCUAAUAUAUUAAAUUAAAUUACUA